ACCGAACGUGGCAGCAUGGGUGACCUUGUCUGCGCACGGCUCGACCCGGCCAUGGCGCUGUACGAAGAAGCGCUCCGGAGUAUCUCGCGCGACGCUUGCGCCACGUACAAGUAUGCGUACAUGCGCCGGCUAGACGACGCCAUGGAGCAAGGCCUCAUCCUCGUCGACUUGCCUGGUCGCCGCAAGUGGUCGCAGGACGCUCGGGUCCUCGACCUUCUUCUUGCCAACCACCCGUCUGGCAUCCUCCCGUCGACGUCUCUGCAGCUGGACGACGGACGCGACCCAUCAACGACGAUGUGGACGCCUGUGCUGCCGCCCGGCCUCGACCGCACCUUGCACGACCACUUUGCGCGGGGUAGUACCAACGUCCUGCCCGUUCUCUCCCACGUGGCCAUUCGCCGACCGGCUUCGCACGAUAGCGCGGCUCCGCGACUGCCUCGACGAGCACAAGAAGCAGCAUCCGACGCCGAUGGGGACGAGGAAGACGCUCUGUCGUCCAAGCGCAUGAAGGCUUCCGAGAUUUGCUAGCAGUUGCCGCCUCGAAACACGACCACGUUGCAUUGACCUAUCAAGUUGAAACUAUAAUAUGAUCAACUCGUGAAACAGG